GGCUGCAGCCGCCGAUGAACAGUUCACGGUUACACUUGACAUUCUUCUGAAACUAGGAGCUCCCACAUUUUGGCCCUAAAUUAUACAGAGUACUCGGGGUAUUUCGUAGAAGUAGUUAGCAUUUUAACCAUUUGAUAUUUCAUGCCAAAACCCUCAUUCUCAAAUCGCUCCGGAACUCGGAUCAUCAUCACCCUCGAAUCGCAUGAAAUAGGCGAACUGAACGCCUGAACUGGCUUAGGCUUUCGUAGCAGAUUCGAGUUUUUAAAGAUAUGUAUAUAUUGGGCAUCUGCAAUUGCUAGCAUUGGACGAAUUACAUCAGGUAAAACUUUGUGGAGUUCAUAUAGGGGCAUGAUCACCGGAAUAAAAAAUGACUGGUCCCGGAGAUAGCAUACAAAAGAGUCUUCAAAUGGUUACACAUACAGAUGAUGAUGUAGAAGUGCUGCCCGUGGAUAGAGAUGGCGGGAUUUGUCAGUCCCGUAAAAGGGUCGUCAUUGCAUCUGAAGAAAAAAUGACAGAUUUUGAGCUGCAUGACGGUAUUGAGUUUGAAUCCCAUGAAGUUGCGUAUUCUUUUUAUCAAGAGUAUGCGAAAUCAAUGGGAUUCACAACCUCAAUAAAAAACAGCCGCCGGUCAAAGAAGUCAAAAGAGUUUAUCGAUGCUAAAUUUGCUUGUUCUAGAUAUGGAGUGACACCAGAGGCCGAAGGUUGCAGCAGCAGUAGUAGACGCCCCACGGUGAAAAAGACAGAUUGCAAAGCAAGCAUGCAUGUCAAAAGAAAGAGAGAUGGGAAUUGGUACAUUCAUGAAUUCGUAAAGGAGCAUAAUCAUGAGCUCCUUCCAGCCCUAGCGUAUCAUUUUAGAAUUCAUAGGAACGUAAAACUAGCUGAAAAAAAUAAUAGUGAUAUUCUUCAUGCUGUAAGUCAACGAACGAGAAAGAUGUAUGUUGAAAUGUCAAGACAAACGGGUGGGAACCUAACUCUAGACUUUAUGGGGAAUAGCCUGAAUAGCCAGUUUAAUAGAGGGCAUCGCCUAGGGUUAGCAGAGGGAGGUGCACAGCUUAUUCUUGAGUAUUUCAUGCAUAUACAGAAAGAGAACCCGACUUUCUUUUAUGCCGUUGAUCUUAAUGAGGAUCAGCGUCUAAGGAACCUAUUCUGGGUUGAUGCCAAGAGCAGGGUAGAUUUUGUUAAUUUUAGUGAUGCUGUUUUUCUUGAUACCAGUUAUAUCAAGAGCAAUGAAAAGACUCCACUUGUCCUUUUUGUUGGAGUGAAUCAUCACUUCCAGCCUAUGUUACUUGGAUGUGCAUUGGUAGUGGAUGAGAGCAAACAAACAUUUGUUUGGUUAAUGAAGACAUGGCUCAGAGCAAUGGGUGGACAGCCUCCUAAAGUAAUAAUAACUGACCGAGACAAAGCUCUCAAAUCAGCUGCGGAAGAAGUUUUCCCUUCUUCAGGUCAUUACUUUGCUCUCUGGCAUGUAAUUGAAAGGCUUCCUGAAAUUCUCUCUCAUGUUAUAAAGCGGCGUGAUGAUUUUCUAGGAAAAUUCACCAAGUGCAUAUUUAAGUCAUUGACAGAUGAACAGUUUGAUAUGAGAUGGUGGAAGAUGGUGACCAGAUUUGAGUUACAAGAAAAUGAAUGGAUCCGUUUGUUGUAUGAAGACCGUACCAAUUGGGUCCCAAUUUUCACGAGAGGUGCCUUUUUGGCUGGAAUGUCUACGAGUCAACGAUCUGAAAGUCCUGUCUCUUUCUUUGACAAAUACAUCCACAAGAAGAUUACUCUUAAUGAGCUUUUGAAACAAUAUGGAAUCAUUCUGCAGAAUAGCUAUGAAGAGGAAGCCAUAGCAGAUUUUGAUACAUUGCACAAACAACCUGCAUUGAAAUCUCCUUCACCAUGGGAGAAGCAAAUGUCAACAAUUUAUACACACGCAAUAUUCAAGAAAUUUCAGGUUGAGGUUCUGGGGGUUGUUGGAUGCCACCCGAAGAGAGAAGGUGUAAAUGGAGAAAACAUAAUGUUCAGAGUUGAUGACUGUGAAAAGGAUGACAGUUUUAGUGUGACAUGGAAUGAGGCAAAAUCAGAGGUUUCCUGUUCUUGCCUCCUAUUUGAAUACAAAGGGUUCCUUUGCAGACAUGCAAUGGUUGUUCUUCAAAUGUGUGGUCUAUCAAGCAUACCAUUGCAAUAUAUAUUGAAGAGGUGGACUAAAGAUGCCAAAAAUAGACACUUGACAGUUGAAGGAAGUGAAAGGGCUCAAACAAGGGUGCAAAUGUACAACAGUCUGUGUGAACGGGCCAUUGAAUUGGGUGAAGUAGGUUCUUUGUCCGAAGAGAGUUACAAUAUAGCAUUCCGGGUACUGGACGAAGCUCUAAAGAACUGUGUAAAUGUUAAUAACAGAACUGGUAUAGGAUGUAGCAGUAAUAUUGCUGUCAUUCGUGAUGUAGACGAAGAGAACCAAGGAUCUCAUGGCACCAGAACAACUAAGAAGAAGAGCGUGACAAAGAAAAGAAAGGUACAAUCUGAGCCCGAACUUGCAAUUGUGGACACUCAUGACGGUAUGCACCAGGAUAACCUUACCUCAGAUGAUAUGACCCUGAGUGGAUAUUAUGGAGCACAACAGAACGUGCAAGGACUGAUACAGCUAAAUUUGAUGGAGCGACCUAAUGAUGCUUAUUAUGUCAGCCCACAGAAUAUCCAGGGACUGGGGCAACUUACCUCAAUUGCACCAGGUCAUGAUGGGUUUUUUGGGUCUCAACAAUGCAUGCCUAUGCUGGGGCAUCUGGAUUACAGGCCAAGGUUUGGAUACAGCUUGCAGGAUGAGCCUAACACGACAUCUGCUCAGUUGCAUUGCGACAAUAUUUCCCAUACGUGAGGAAAUCAAUGAUGUAGUGCUCUCUCAGGCAAGAUUUUUUGCAAACAAAGUAUUAGGAUAUGUUUGGAAUGCAGAAAAUGCCAGGGGAAGAAAAUAGGGAGGACAAUAUAGUGGAACUUUUGAAAUAAUGAAAAUUUGGGGAAAAUGAUUUGAUUCUUCGUGUAUAUAUGCAAGCUCAAUUUUAGUUUUUAGUAAUACCUGAGAGUAGAUUCCCUAUUAAUUUGGCACCUUUUCUGGGAUUUCUUAUAUAGUUUUAUGAUCAUGAUAAACAGAACUAAUUGAA